AACGGUGAAAAUACUCAUGACUUUUACAUUAAAAAAAAAAGAAUCGAAUAUUUUAUAACGGCUUUUGUCAGGUACUUCACAAUAAGAGAACCUAAAAAAGGACUUGGGAAGUGACGAAGCAGAGACCGGUCCUUGAGUUAAGUCAGUUUUUACUCGAGUGCCCCUUCGAUCUCUUCCAGUCAAAUGUCAGUUCGGUGGAAGUACAGCGAUACCUUUACCAAUUGCUCAAGGUAAUAUUUGAUAGCACAACUGAUCCAUUACUAACUAUUAAAUUUGCAUUGUUAGUAUCCCAUAAAAAUCUCAUGCUGUUCUCAUUAAAUCCUUCCUAACUACAAUAGAUACUUCAGAUACUUAAAUAAUUAAUAAAGAGUAUAACUCUAAACAAUAGUGAAAAUAAUAAAAAAACGUUUGUCAAUAAUAUAAUUGAUUAUCAUUAAACAAUAUUAAUUAAUAAGAAUCCAGUUCUUUCUUUUAAGAAUUCCUCAUAACCAUACAUAGUAAAAACCUUUUAAAAUUAAACCCAACCACAGACUACAGAUGAAAUCACUUAUUUUUAUUGGUCGAUAAAUCUUGGAAAGGUCUUGAAAAAUAUUAUUAUUUUUAAAUAAAUAAUCCUUUUUUAUUUAAAUAAAAAUAAAAUAAUAAAACUAAUAAAAAUUUUUUUUACUCAGUGGUAUUUUUCUAAAAUUAAAGCAUUCAAACAGACAACUCUUCAAGUUACGUAUCAAUACAGACUGAAAAUAUACCAAUAUAAAAUAAUCUUAAGUGAGUCCAAUAACAAGAACAAUUAAACAUAAGUCAUGUAAUUAUAUCAAAACUGCAAAUUUCCUCAAUUAUUAUAACCGUAUUUAUUUAACUUUCAUCUCAUUGAGUUUCUCACACGAAUUAAGUAAUUAACUAAAAUAACCUUCGAAGUGUAUGAAUUAUAUAAUUGUUUCCAAUAAUUUGUCGUGUUAAUUGGCGAAGAGAAAAUAGAUAAUAAAAAAUAAUGGCCUUAGAGCGCGAUAAGUUCAAGGGCAGAUAGGAACGAAGAUAAGCGAAGAGCUUAAUAGGCGAUAAAUAUGAUUGUUGACACUUCAUCUGAUGCAUUUAUGCAAAUGAGAGGAUGGAGCAGACAAUUAACCGAUCCGAUAGGAUUUGCCAUCCACAUCCUCGCCGACAAUCCAUCAGCGAACGACCGCAAACAGACCCGCAAGCGCUGCCCAUGCCGGCCGCUCAGGGGCCAUUGGACGGCCGACAAACCGGCUUUUAAUUACCGGCCUAAUCACCUUAUUACCGCUCGAUGGCGAAAUUCCGAUUGGUCCGCCACCGAUCGGAUUGGCCAAUCAUAAGCACCAAGCACUACUGACCAAACUAAUUCGGAUUUCAAAUUAUUGGAUAACCGUUAUUAAGUUAUUGCAAGGCAAUUUCGUCUUAGGCAUUAAGCUACGGAACUGUCAUUACGAAUGGUUAGGUCGCAUAAUCAAAUAAAUGCAAUGAUGAAGGUAUUUGAUUUUUUAUUAAGUAUAGUCGUAAACCUUCAACUUCUUGUUCUACAAUGAUAUUCCAAUGAUAUUCUACAAUGAUGUUCCAAUGAUAUCAAUGAUAUUCCACUUGUUCCUGUUGAACAAAUCCGCUACCUAGGAUUCCACUUGGAUAAACGUCUUACUUAAUAUCCGCAUACUAGACUGAAACGACAAGAAACUGCUCGACGUUUCCGGCUGCUCCAGCACUUAUUAGACAAACGCUCUAAACUUUCAAUUUAUUAAAAAAGACUUAUCUACUUAACCAUAAUAAGACCUAUAUGGACAUACGGAGUUCAGCUUUGGGGUUCUACCAAACCAUCGAAUUCCUAUCUUAUCCAAUCCUUACAAUCCAAAAUCCUUCGUUAAAUCCUUAAUGGUCCAUAUUUUGUCUCAAAUAAAACCAUUCAUA